AUGAGGAUGGACAAGCCAACAGAUAGACCACAAUCUGUAAGAGAAACGAAUGCUGACUAUUCUGGGAUUCCGGUGGACGAUAUGGACUGUUUGAACUUUUUCGAAAGAGGUGUCCAGGACCCAUGCUGCGAGGCCUGUGACACUGAAGACGCAGAUGAUGAACUGAGGGCAAAGCUUAACAGUUUUAAUUUCAAGUCGGAUUCCACUCCUUGUAGUGGGAAAUGUCAACACACACUAAACCCCCUGUGCAAAAUCGAUGAAAUUCAACCGGCCAACUUGGACUUGGCUCCUUCGAGAAACGGUUCGGUAUCUGACGCAAAUUCAGAUGCGAAUUCUAUUGCAUCCUCUAUCCAUGACUCUAGAGACCCCAAAUACGGAGCUAUGCCCGGGUUGAGGAAGGCCAAAACUACUUCGUACUUUACCUCCUCUUCCUCCUCCUCCAAUAACACCACGAUGAGAAACUCACUAAAAAAGUGUAAUACAAACAUAAAUGGUCUUUUGGCGAAUGGAAGAAAUUCCAGCUCUUCAAGACAAUCUAUACCAGAGCUUUUUAAUGGCGCAUAUUCCAAAAUGAAGGGCAAUACAUUAAUGAAGAACGAUACCCCCCGUUUGGAUUUAUCAUCCAAUUCACUUGAACAUUCCAAUACAAGAUCGUUCUCGCUACCUAGGUCAAGAUCGAGAUCCUCCGCCAUAGCGAUACCAACUCAUCUGUAUGGCUUGGAGAAGUACGUUUCUCCUGAAUUGGACACUUUAACUGCCRAUCCUGAAGUCGGCGCUGGAAAUUUUUUAAGCGCAAGGCAGCGUGCGAAUUCAUCCUCUUCUUCAAACACUACAGGGGAUACCAAUCCACCCUCACCAAAUUCAAAUAAUUCAUCAAUGCUCAAUUUCCCUCUAGGUGCAAAUACGAAUCAAUGUAAUUUAUUAAGACAGCAGCAGCAACAACAGCAGUUUGCAAAAUCAAGCUUUGGUGCUGGAAGAAAAAAAUCUUUCAUCGAAAUGUCAUUGGCAAAUUCAUUUGCAGGAUAG